UUAAAAUAUAUAACCAUAACAUAACCUUAUAGAACAGAAGGUGCUUUUCACAAGUUUUUAAUAAUGUUGGUUUAAAAUAAAAUUAUAAAAAUUACGAAGAAUGGACUACUAAUGUGGUGGUUGAAUUUUACAACUAGAAGGAUACAUUAGAACAUUCAUAAAAUGGACAUGGAAGCAAUAAUACCUGCCUUUUCAAUGUGGAAAGCCCUUAAUGAAACAAUACCUGCUUUAUUAAAUUUAGAGUACUGUGAAAGUAAUUAUAAGAAGCUGGAAAGUAUUGUUAUGUCUAAGGAGUUCUUAAAUUUAUUUGUUUUUAACCAUGACAGUAACUUAACGAUCCAUGAGAAUAAAAGCAUAAUAACAAAGUAUAAAGCCUUUACAAUGUGGCUUCUUGGAAGAUUUGUUCAUAUAUUGAGUUGUGAUAAAACUAUGACCCACAAUUUAAUAGUAGAAGCACAACUGAAAAUUUUACAGCAUUUAUCAGUUACUGAGAGAAGUGUAUGUCAAGAAAUUGGUGCUAUUUAUGUAGAAAUGUUGUGUCAGUUAAACAAUUUUCAUAAAAAUAAUGAACAGAAUACUACCGAUGAAUUAUUGUUAGACUUGUUUAACAUUGAAAAUAAUGAUAGUAUAAUAACUCAGUUGGAUUUAAGUUCAGUACAGAUAGUAAUAAAAAGUAUUGAAUCCUGUACCAUGAUGCAGCAAAAUAUUUUAAAAAUUGUGUCCUGGUAUACCAUGGAAAGAUUGGAGCAUUCUGUGUUUAACAACAUAUUCUAUAAAGCUUUGAGUUCUCAAUUGUAUGUUUUGACAAAUUGCAAUUUUACAUUGAAAAUAACUGUUUUAAAAUCGUUUGUACAAUUAGUACGUUUCUAUACAACUGAUAAUGUAGACAACAAAUUUAUAAAAUAUAUGAAUGAGUUUACAGCAUGCAUGGAACAAAUAGUUUAUAAAGUUUAUGUCAAAAGUACUGCUGUUAAUUCUGAACAGCAAAAAAUCUUUGAAGAAUUACUGUUACAAUUUAUAAAUAAUACCAAAAACGUCGCAUGUAACUUAAAUAAAAACAAAAUACUGGAAUUUAUUACUAAAGAAAUAAUUAAGGGUAAUCCCUUAAAAUUAUCGAAACAUUUGAAAUUAGAAGGUGUAAAAAAUUUUGCAAGAAUAAGUAAUGUUGAUCUUAUUGAUGAAUGUAUUAACAGUGUUCUAAACAAACGCGAAUUUAGUUUACUGUGUAUCAUAGAAAACUAUAUUGUUAAUUAUUUAAGACAAUAUAUCAAAGAACAUGAUAAAAUAAAAAUAAUUAAACUUUCUAAUAUUCAAAAUCCUGUUUUUGAUAAAAUAAAAGAUUACAUAUUUAAUUUCGAAUGUAAAUGUGAUAGGUGCAACGUAGAAGAUAUGCUACUAUUUUUGGAUCAAAUUACAAAUAUCACGGAAAAAAUUAAGUUCAAAUUACUAUCAGAGAAAGCUAACAGAGAUAUACUUUUUUAUUUCUUUGAAGAGGAAGAACUUUUGAAUUUUUUCUUUAAUUUGUCUAGUUCACAUGUCGAAAAUUGUAACAGUAAUAGUAUUGAUAGAGAAUUAUUUUUUCGCGUUUUGAUAAGAAGUCUUACUUUUUAUCCUGUAUCAAAUGUAGAUGUCAUAUUCCAUGCAGUUGCAUACCCGUUCUUAAAAUCGCGCAAAGAAACUUCAUACACAUUAAAAAAUUAUACCCAAGAUGGAAAAUAUAACACUAAACAAAUAAAAAUAUCUCUCGAAUUUAUGUCUACUUUUGGACUGUCCCGAGAAAGUGUUGUUGUAUAUUUAUUCUUCUUUCUUAAAACUUUGAAUAACGUUACAAUUCAAUGUUUUCAUGGGGAGAGAAAAUGUGAAAAUAACAAUUGUCUCAGGAAUAAAAACAUGGAAGAAGUUUAUUACAGUGUCUGUGUGUCAGCAGUAAAGAGCAAAAAUAAGGACAUUAUCCUGCAGAUAAUAAAACAUCUAAAAUAUAUUUUCGUUAUGUUUAAUAAUGUUGACAGAACAUGGAUGGACGUUUAUGUGCCUAUUUUGGGUAUAACUCAAGAAGAUGUAGUUUUUCAAGUUUUAAACGAGAUCGAUAAUAUAUUGGCAUUAUUUUAUGAUAAUUUAUUGGUCUACUAUUUUGAUGAAAAUGAUAUGAAUAUGAACAUUUAUUCACAGGAAAAUAAUAAUGCCAAGUUCAAAAUAUGUAUUUCUUAUUUAGAAAAUAACGAAACGAUAAGAAGAACACGAAAAACGAUUAUCAAUACAGAUUUUAUUCAAUCAGUGAUUCAAAAAAUACAAAAUAUACUGAUCUCCACGAAAAAUCCCGAAUUGAAAUUGAUGAUUGUACAAAAAUUAUCUUCCCUAAUAAACUUUCCGGGAAUGCCUGGCCAUUAUCUACAAAUAUUCAAAGUUUUUAUUUGCGAUCCGGAUAAAGAAGUUAGAAAAGCAUUAGCGAAAGAACUUUAUUUCGUGUUAAGUAAUAUGGUAGUGUUUUAA